CCGGUACUCAUUUAUACACCAGGGUGGAAAGAGGCAUUGUGAGAGUAAAGUAUCUUGCCCAUGAACAGAACAGGAGGCCACCGCAACUCCGUAAAACCCGACUAAUCCCAUACCAAAUGCUCGCUUCUACAAAGUCCAAGUACUGACAAUGUAUUCAUACCACACACAUAUGCAAAACACUUUUCAUAAUAUUAACCGUAGCGUGACGCAUGAACUCGACGCAAACAGAGCCUAACAAAGUCAACAGUGUUUAUUAAAAUCUCUGCUAAUAAUGCGCUUCGCGGAUAGGAUAAAAACAGAUUAAUUAAAGCAUGCACACGAUAGUAGAUCUUUUAACCCUUUUAGUAGUUUCGGUGUUAUUUUAUUGCCAGCUGGGAAUUAAUAAAGACCACAGAAGUUAUACUAAUCAUAUUUCAACACAGUAAAUCUAAGAACGUUUUAAGGAUCUUUAUGACAGUAAGAGCACUUGUGUGUUUAUAACUAUGACAGGUCUAUUUUCGCGAAAAACACGGUCGUCAAGGACUUUUUAAAUUAUAAUAUUUGUUCCAUAAACGAAAACUUCUUGAAAGCACUUAGUUGCUCAUGCCAGCAAAUGUAACUUGCUUCUGCUAUUAUAUAAUGAGAAGUCCUUGAAAACUAAAUUUCGUGUUUCUUACUAAACACUUUCGUGACUCUAGAUUUAAAUUAAAGUGCAUGAGAAGUUGGCUUUGUGAUCAUCUGAGACGAUUCAAAUAUUAAUCUAAAUAUUGGGUUUUGUGAGAAACUCCUAGUUUUUCAUUGUGCCGAACAGUACAAAACUAAUCUUUUCACAACAUGUAUAAUUUUAACGUUUGUGUUUUUCUUGUUAAGUAUUGAAAACUGUGUGAACCAAUUUGUUGAUCAAAUUGGAGGUUCUCUUUAAUGGGACCUGUGUUAUAGUUACGAAAGAAGUUAGGAUUUACUGAGAGCCGUCGAUCAAAGGUUCUUGUGUUCUUGUUUUUAGAUGUCUUGUAAUAAGGCUGUAAAACUUUAACUAAGUGGAAAGCAAAGCACUAUGAGUAGAGAUCACAGGAAGAUUUCAAGGUCCUUCGAAGAACGUAAUAUCCUCGCUUCCACAUCGCGAGUCUCGCAAAUAUCCCAGGUUGACAAUGAACUAAAGCAGAAGUUACAAGCUAUUAACACUUCGCACAAGUUGUCAAACAAACGAAUCAAGAAUGAAACUCGCGAGCUUAAGGAAAUUUUACACGGUUUGCAAAGGGAGUUAAAAGUAUCGAAAGGAAACUACGGUCAAUAUGUUCCAUCUUUGAUCGAGCAGCCUCAAAGGAACCCCCGGAGAACAACAGUGAGUUCUGUUCCAUCUGAAGACAGGAAAGAAGUCGGUUUAGAGCGAGAUUUACAUGCACGCGGCGGAGAAAGAAAUUCAGGUGAAGAUGCUAUUCCAAGGAGACGAAGUGGAAGUUAUCCGCCAUCUUUUCACCUGCAUGAUGCAAAAAAACCCAAAGACGUUUUAGAUGACGAGCCCGCAGGCAAAGAGCUUGAAAAAGCAGGAGGCAAAGUUAAAGAUGUUGCCGAGCAAACAAAGAGUUCACAACAGACUGGUGAUUGGCAAAGUGAGCUUAACGCGCGCACACAAAACAGAACGGAGUUUCCUGAGAUUGAACAAGAUAAAUAUCCUCACAGGCGCAUUACGCGAGCUGAAAAUGAACAAAAACGUUUUGAGGAACGUUUUCCUAAAGAACCUCGGGAUCAAGGCGAAAGAAAAAGGUCGACGAGUGAUGCAUUUCGUGGUAGAUUUGUAAUAAACUCUGACAGCUGUUACACUGAUGCGAGCACAACGCGUAGAACUUCUAAAACUCAACAGAAAGGUGAUAGUGGUAGAGGACGGCUAAGGACGAGCGUUGUCGAGGAGUUUUCGUUGGUUCCGAGCCCGAACGAACCGCGGAAGACGAGUCUUAGUACACCUCAGUAUUCGUGGCAGAGGAAAGGCAGCAUUGGAGAUCGGAGAGGCAGCCCGAUGGCUGGUUCACCCGGCCGGUACGAUCUGCACGAUGCUGAAGUGGUCUUCGAUGCUCUGCCGGAUUACCUCGGGGGUCGAAGAUUAAGUGUUGCCCAUGGCAGGACUCGGAGAAUCUCCCGGGGCACCGGCCUUCCACCCUUGAGGGAGGGAGAAGUCACUCAGAAGUCGCAACAAGAAAAGUCUGGAGAAAAUUGGAGCGAUUUGUCCAAAUGCAGAUACUUAAGAAAGGAGGAGCAGGAAAUUAGCAUAGAUGAUAUAUUUAGCAAGGAAUAGAAGAAAAAAAAAAAACGUCAAGCUUAAAGAGCCGCCUUUGGAACGACCUCAAGAUACCAGUAAUGGGAAGUUUAUAUUUAUCACACAAAAAAA